AUGUCGGCAACAUCUUGCGUGCCAGCCACCUUUGGCGACAUCUCCCUGUUCGGGGCUGAGAUUCAUUCAGUGGAGGCAAACUUGGUUACCAACUACAGCCUCUCCGUCCCUUCAAUGCUCCGGUUCUCGCAACCGGCUAUAGAAGUGCAAAAUGCCAGCUUCUGCAACGUCACCGUGAAUUAUGGUCAUCCGGGUCAGGGCGACACCAUUUUUGUCGAAGCCUGGCUUCCGGCAGACAAUUGGAACGAGCGUCUUCAGGCCGUGGGAGGUGGCGGUUUCGUCGCCGGGCGCUUCGGGGACGCCUACAGCGGAAUGGCUGGAGCGAUAGGCGACGGCUACGCGACGAUCACCACCGAUGCUGGCCUUGGGAGCGCUGUGGACGCAACUCCGUGGGCGUUGCUCAGCCCUGGAAACGUGAACCUGUACAACCUACAGAACCUCGCAUCGGUGUCACUGGAAGACGAGGCCAUCAUUGGAAAAUCGGUCAUCAAGUCUUACUAUGGCCGAGGCCCAGAGUACUCUUACUGGAAUGGCUGUUCACAGGGUGGCCGGCAAGGAAUCAUGCUCGCCCAGCGCUACCCGACGGCUUACGACGGCAUCUCAGCUGGCGCCCCGGCCAUCUACUGGACCGAUAUCUUUCCCAGCUUGCAUUGGACUCAGCAGUUCAUGAACAUGUUGGGCGAAUAUCCGCGCCCUUGCGAGAUACAGGCCAUCACGGCCGCAGCAGUUACGGCUUGUGAUCCCCUGGACGGCGUGGUUGACGGCGUCAUUGGCGAUGUCGACAAAUGUCUGGCCAGCUUCGACCCCUUUAAGCUCGUUGGCCAAUCGAUCAACUGCACCCAGACAAUCGACAUCAGCUCUGCAGCGGCAGCGGUUGUCAACGCGACCUGGCAGGGUAUGCGUGACGCCGAGGGAGCGCAGACGUGGUUUGGGCUGGCCCCCGGUACUAACUUGGCUAUUGGUGUUGCGGCAACGGACUGCACAACCGAGCCUUGCAAGGGAUUCCCACUGACAAUCGCCACCCAGUGGCUGUCGUUGUUCGUUGCGAGGGACCCCAGCCUGGAUUUCUCCAACCUCACCCAUGAAGAGUUCGACUGGCUUGCCCACCAGAGCAGACAGCAGUAUACUUCCAUCAUCGGAACUGGUGACCCGGACUUGAAUGCAUUCCGAAAUGCUGGUGGAAAGAUGGUGACUUUCCACGGUCUUGUAAAGAUCGACGAGCUGCUCCCGCCCGAGGGAACCGCCAAAUAUUUCAACGAAGUCUCGGCAGUCAUCCCAACUGCCGAGGAUUUCUACCGCCACUUUGAGGUGCCUGGCAUGGGUCACUGUGCCGGGAGAGUGGCCGGAGAGCCGACUAGUCUCUUCGACCAGCUGCGGGCUUGGGUUGAGAAUGGCACCGCGCCGGAUCAGACGCCAUACAAGGUCACGGUCUCGGAGAGUGAGGUUCAUAACCGUAUUGCGUGCCCAUACCCCAAGAAAGCAGUCUUUGACAAGAGUUGCGGCGACGCGGCUGAAGCGAAGUGCUGGUCGUGCGACAACUAA